AUGUCGCCUUCUAACGUUGGCACGAUCGGAGGGAGCGCGAAACGCGUUCGGACGGAGAAUGUCGCCGUGACCAAUAUGGAUAUCGUCCGCGGCUUGGCGCGAUUCGUCGCCGACAAGCAGUUCCUAUUCUUUGCGCCAGUCUCGCGUAGCUGGAGAGCGCGUGGGGGGAGCGGGCGACGCUUCGCGUGUGGCCUCGCUCGGGGUGGCGUCGAUUGGUGCUCAACCACGGCGCGGGCGGUUAACCUAGAUCUUCUCAGGUGGGCGACGAAGCAGGGAUAUCCCUGGACUAGGUCACUGUCCGCCGCAGCAGCCGAGGGCGGCAAUAUCGCGGCCCUCGAGUGGCUGAAAGAGAAUGGUUGCUUGCCAACGGAGGCGACCUGCGCUGGCGCGGCAUUAGGCGGGCAUCUGGACGCGUUGAAGUGGUGCCGGGCCAACGAGUCUGCCGGGGGGGGGCAGCUCGCGGUGCUCCGUUGGCUGCGUCAGGAGGGGUGCCAGUGGGACUCGAACACGCCUUCGAGUGCUUCGAAAGGGGGCCACCUCGAGGCCCUGCAGUACGCGAUUCAGAACGAAUGCCGGGCGUCCGACGCGGUGUGCUCGAAUGCCGCCAGACCUGACGAGGGUCUAUACGUUGGGAGCCCAGGGGGGGAGCACGUGGAUGUUAUCAAGUGGGGCAGGGAGAACGGCGGCGGUUGCAACAGCGAAGCAGGCUACUGGGCCGCCGUUGGGGGUCACGUACAUGUGAAAGAGUAUUUUAACACGAUUGGGCUUUCAUGGGGAGAGGAGUCAUCGCUGUUUCCGGCGGUAAGAAGGGCUCAGACGGAGCUUGGUUGCACGGCUGCCAAGAGAAGCCGACUGGAGUGCGUAGCCUCGUGGAUUCUGGCGAACAGAGCACCCGCCCGUGGCGAUGAUGUCUCUGUGGAAGAACGCAGAGCGGCCUGUCUUCUCCUGAAGAAUCCGAGCGGAGAAGUCGGAGAUGGAGAAGACAACUGA